AUGGCGCAGGUGAGGGACGCCCGCGUGGCGAAGAGGCCCGGAAACCAGACCGCCGAAGCGGGCAAACGCCGAGCGCCGUACGCGUUGCGUGCUUGCGAUGCCUGCCGCCGGCGCAAGGGGAAAUGCGAUGGGCGACAGCCGUGCAGGUAUUGCACAGGCCGCGAGCAGGCUUGCAGUUACGAUAGCUUCUUCGGGGGCGACGAGUGGUCUCAACCGCCGCCGCCUAGCGUAGGCCGAGCCGAAGAUCGCCGCCCCGCGAAAGCAACAAACCCGUCGCCAUCGGCAUCAAGUCGCAGCAGUCAAGAGGCCAUCAUGGACAUGCUGUCCAGUCUCCAGGGCCAGUUGAAUAGCCUGGCGUCGCGGGUUCAAAGCACCAGCGAAAGCCCGCCAGAGCCGACUUUUUCGGUUGAUGAACAGCAUGACGACGAUUUUCUAUCAAAUCUGAUCAACGACGCAAUCGCCCUGUUGAUCGGUCUACAUGCCGACUUGAGCCCGACGAGCCCUACCAAAGAAUCUAUUAUUCUGGAUAGCAUUCAACUAGCCGUCACCACCAAGCUUGUCGCUCCUGUCUCCAACAUCAAGGAUGUCAUUGUUGUCUUGCUCAAGGGCUCUUAUGACUUCUUCAACGACACACCUCAGUCGGCCUGGCGCAUGUGCGGACUCGCAGGGCGCAUGCUGAUGGAGCUUGGUUUUCACAAUGGCGCCAUGUCGACUCACAUGUUGGAGUCACGAGCCCAACGCACUCAGGUCUGGGCCCUCAUGUCCAGUAUCGUCAUCCUUGAUCGACAAUGGAGCGCCGCAGCUGGUCUCCCGACAAACUUCCAGGAGUCCGCUUUUGGACCCAUCCAAACGUCUUCGAUCAAGACUCCUUACCUCGAAGCUAUGCUAUCCUUCAUCAUGCUCAGCGACAAGAUCAGCGAUCCCCUUGCACAGGCUGUCAGAGCACAAGGAUACAGCGAUCAGGAGGCCUUCGAAGUAAUGAACUUCCGCAUCGAGCGGUGGAGGAAGAGAGCCGCUCUAGAACCCUCACUGAAAUCAUGGCACAGCAGUCCUCUAAGCCAACCUCCAACGUGGAAAGUCUUGCUCAGCCUCCGGGCAGAAUCGGUCCGAAGUCUCUUGUUCAAGCCACACUUCUUCGCCAAGUCAGAUGUUCAGACGAGCAAGCAGUACCUUCAGCCUGCGAUCGAGGUCCUUUUCGAUGUAUGCAACAUUAUGUACAACUUAAACACCACCACCGACAUAUAUCGCAAACAGCAGCCUUUCUAUCAGCCUCUGUUGGCGUCCGCCUCCGGACUGGGGUUCGUCUUGACGGCUUUCCUUGAACAGAAUAGGUCGGCUGUGUUGGCAAGUGUACCUUCAGAGGUAGCUGUUGCUAUGGGUCGAAGUUACGAAAUGGCCGUGGCCUUGGCGACUGGAUACUCGAACACGUCGAAAGCCGCCAAGGGAUUGUCGGAGAAGUUGGCACCGGUUCGAGCAAGUCUGCUGGAACUGGGUAUGCUUCAACGGUCCCAAGCCGGAGCGAGAAAUGCCGGUACUGGAUUCAGAGGAGAUUCAGACAGGAGACGCUCUACGAAUGGCGGCGGGGAGCUUGUCCAGAGGUCAUACAUGUCCGAGUCGGAUGCGGCAAUGUCUACACCACAUAUUGACUACUCGGCACUGAUGGGGUCUGAUGCGGCGGGGUUUGAUGCGCAUCGGAGCUCAGAGCCGACUCAAGACGCUGAGUGGGAAGACUUGUUAGGGGUCGGCUGGGCAACUGAUAAUGCGUCGCACAUGAAUGGCGUUUUCUAG